AUGUACCUACAUCGAGUGAAGAAAAAAAAAACCAGCAUUGCCAGCAUCGUGUACCUCUCCUCUCCCUCGCGUCCAUGAUGUGCACUAAGCUAAGACGUUCCAAAGCUGGACAACUUGUUCUUGUUCUUGCCAUCGAAGGCAGUACGUGUCCAUGUCCAUAACACUUGGCAAUUUCCAACCUAAGAGAAAGUCGUUCGACAUCGCGUUAACGCUAUGUUAAAGAGGUGUCUUCGUUAUUGUUGACCCCUACGAAUCCAAUCGUACGAAUUUUUUUCAUCUUCAAUUUAGUCGUCGUCGCCGUACAUGAAACUGAUCGCGACGAGCUUUUUCAGCCCCUAUAAUUUUGUGCCUGUGUCGUUGUGCGAGUUUUUUUUUGUUCUGCUGUGUCGUGUGGACUGUGGGGUUAUUUUUUAAUUGUUUUACUGAUUAAAGUGGAUCGCCAUCUUGAGAUCGUUGUCAGCAGCCCGAUAUAAUGGUUUUCAAUAAUAAAACGUCGCUGGAUUACGACGCGAUGUUACAAAUCGUUCCAUCGGCCGGAUUCAGUCCUCCAGCAUCCAGCGAGUACAGCGCCGAUUACUCGGUGGACAGCUUCGAUUUAUCUCUGCUACCGGGAAGUGUGGAGAACGACAGCGCUUUCUCGAGCUCGUGCAACGGCAACUCAAACGUGCAACAGUUUUUCUCUCUGUACUACGACGUGAACUCGCCUCCUGCCGGAUUAUUCGGAUCUUACGACAAUACAGUCAGCACAACCAAAGAUAACUCAUAUCUGGGCUCAUCCAAAGACCUGUUAGGAUCUGGUAAACAGCAACCGAGAUACGACGACGUUAUGUCCAUGUUCAAAAAAACAGAACCCAGUAUCGACAAGUGUUCGUCUUGGAGAGAUGAUUUCAGCACCCUUAAGGAUACAGUUUCGAUCAAAUCGCCAUCCGACGAACACGUUUUAUCCAAGAAUACCUUCUUGGAUAUGGAAAUAGUCGACUGGGAGAGUAAAAACGAAUGGGAUACGAUCCGAGUCCAAUCUAGUAUUCCUUCAGUGACCAGCAGCAGUAAUUGCUCAUCGCCGGAUUUCCAAUUGUGCCCUUCAACGCCUCCUGAUUUCGAUAGCAUACUACCAUUGGAAGAUAUCAAACAAGAGAUCACGUUGAAUUUGCAGAAUUUACUCACCAGCGAAGAGAAACCGAUCACUAUUGACGAUAAAUACAAAGAAAAGAAACCAGAGUUAUUGCGAUCGAUUUUAGAAAAAAGCUCGCAGAACGAUUUAGUCAGCAAGAAACACCAGAUCAACAAAUGCUCCAGUAUGAAAGACGAUAAUCAUAAAUUACUCAGGGAGGUUUUAAAGGAUACCAGUUUCCAGAAAAAAUAUAACUUGAAACCGUUCGAUAUCGAAGGUCUUGGAACCUGUUACCAAACCGAAAUCAAAACCGAGGAUGGUAAAAUCCUCAAUAAAGAAGAUGUCUGCGAUGUUAACUUGGCUGAGGGGAUCAUCGCACCAAUGCUUUCAAAAGCCAUCGAACAACUUAUGCAAGAUGUCGAUAAUACCUGCAUCAUGUUGGGAAUCCCUCGAGAUCCCAAAAAAUGGUCCAUAGAAGACGUAAGAGGCUGGUUAUUAUGGAAUUCCAGACAAUACAACUUACCAAUACCAAUGGAUUUAUUUAAUGUGACCGGUGCCACGUUGACAUCGAUGACAGAACAAGAUUUUCAACAAAGAGCUCCACAGUGCGGUAGCAUUUUAUUCGCUCAAUUAGAAAUAUGGAAAGUGAACAGCAUGGAGGAUACUCAUCUGGAUGUGAAUACCCUCUUAUGCGAUACAAAUGCGCAAUCCAGUUCACCCAGCGUAGAUAUAUCCGAUGAAGAUGACGAAGAAGACGAAGAGAUGACCGAUGCGACUCAAUCGUUCAACCAAACCAUUCAACCAGGUAUGAAAGUAUCCAGAGGCAGUGGCUCUCAUAUCCAUUUAUGGCAGUUUCUAAAAGAACUUCUAUCGUCUCCACAAACGCACGGUUCUUGUAUACGAUGGCUAGAUCGUAACAAAGGCGUAUUCAAGAUCGAAGAUUCAGUCAGAGUUGCUCGUCUGUGGGGUAAACGAAAAAACAGACCUGCUAUGAACUACGAUAAAUUAUCUAGAUCUAUAAGACAGUAUUAUAAAAAAGGUAUCAUGAAGAAAACCGAAAGAUCUCAAAGGCUAGUGUACCAAUUUUGUACGCCUUAUAAUUUAUAAAAACAACAUUUUUAAUUUUUUUUUUUUUACCAUUGUACCAUUUUUUAUUUUAUUUUUUUUCAAACCAUAAUUUAAUUACCUAUAUUUAAAUUGUAAAAGUUUUAUAAACUUUUACAAAAUCAGUGUAUGCCGAUUAAAUAGGCAAAUAUAAUAAGUUAAUUAAUUCUUAAGCUAAUUAUUUACACUGCGACGUUAUUUCGAAAGGUAAUUUUCAAAUACGUUCGUACGUCUUAUAUAGAGAUACGUAAACCUCUUUUUUUUUUAUAUCGUCCAAGGUUUAUAUUAAUUAUAAACGUAUUCGUGUAAGUUUUAUCGUUUAAGUUUCGAGCGAAGCUAUAAGUAUAGCUUCGCCAUUUUUAUUGUUACCGGUUUAGUAGACGAGGAGCGUCCAUUGUUUUGUAUAUUGGAUGCUCAGUAACUCGUCGAAAUACUGGUAAUUUUGGUCCCAUAUAUCUAUGAUAUAUUUUAGUACGUUCUGUGAACAGACUUUAUUAAUCUUGUAUAUAUUUUCUUUUCGUUUUUUGUUUCUUCUAAUAAGUAAGAAGAAAAAAAACAAAAGAAAAACCAACAACAUUAUUUUCUACUUAAUUGUUAUUUUUUUUGUAUGUAUUUCGCGGUGAAGGGAUCUAGAGUAUUACCUACCUUAAAAAUACGUACUACAUACUACGUACUUAUAUGAGUAGAUAUUUUAUACGUAAUAAGAUGUUAUUUUUCUUCUCUGAGCUAAUUAAACCAUUCAUUUGUA